GCUCCACACUCACCUCUGCUCACAUCUCAAGCUCCACACUCACCUCUGCUCCGCUCACAUCUCAAGCUCCACACUCACCUCUGCUCCGCUCACAUCUCAAGCUCCACACUCACCUCUGCUCACAUCUCAAGCUCCACACUCACCUCUGCUCCGCUCACAUCUCAAGCUCCACACUCACCUCUGCUCCGCUCCCUGCCACCUUCCUCACCAUGGACGACUUCUACAAGGCGGCGGUUGAACAACUCACAGAAGAGCAAAAAAGCGAAUUCAGAGCAGCUUUUGAUAUUUUCGUGCAAGACGCAGAAGACGGAUGCAUCAGUACAAAGGAGCUGGGCAAAGUGAUGAGAAUGCUGGGGCAGAACCCCACCCCCGAGGAGCUGCAGGAGAUGAUAGACGAGGUGGAUGAGGAUGGCAGCGGCACAGUCGACUUCGAUGAGUUCCUGGUGAUGAUGGUCCGAUGUAUGAAAGACGACAGUAAAGGGAAAUCCGAGGACGAGCUGUCAGAUCUUUUCCGCAUGUUUGACAAAAAUGCUGAUGGAUACAUUGACCUUGAUGAGCUAAAAAUCAUGCUGCAAGCGACGGGUGAGACCAUAACCGAGGACGACAUCGAGGAGCUGAUGAUGGACGGCGACAAAAAUAACGAUGGCAAAAUUGAUUAUGAUGAAUUUUUAGAAUUCAUGAAAGGAGUCGAAUAAAUAACCAGACGUCCAAAAGCUUUCCUACAAAGAUUAAUUAUUGCGAAUGCUGAUUCCAUUUAAUCUGAACCUCAAAUAAAACAUUACAUAAGGUCUGACAUCAUAUACACUGAGUGCAAUAAAGAAAACGUGAACAAUAAAAAA